AUGUCAUGUCUAAUACGUAAGACAAUAAGCGAAAAGAUAACCCAAGUUGUAAAAAACAACAAUGUGUACUAUGAGCUGGAGGCACCUUUGAAACGCAGCAACGGCAAGCCGGUAUUGCAAUGGACUGUUAAAGAAGGCAGCAACCAACAACAACACACAACGGAUGAGGAUAAUUCAAAACUUGUAAAGGCUGUGGCAUCUUUAAAUUAUGACAAUGAUUUGGUGCAAGAAAUACGAACCAUACCGGGUAAUGGUAAAUUGCCCAGCAGAGUGGAAUUCCACAUACAUGAAGAACCCUAUGUGAAAUCGUUACUAAACCCAUCAUCUGAAAUUGAAAUCCCCAGGAAAAGAAACUCUCAUAUGGUUUUUGAAUAUAGUUCACCGAACAUCGCCAAACCAUUCCAUGUCGGUCAUCUGCGUUCCACCAUCAUUGGUAAUGUCCUGGCGAAUUUACACCAAAAUUUAGGUUAUCAAGUUACAAAAAUGAACUACCUUGGCGAUUGGGGUACACAAUUUGGUUUGCUACAAGUCGGCGUGGAGUUACUACAAGCAACAGAUGAGCAGAUACAAAAUGCGCCCAUUGAAACACUAUAUAAAGCCUAUGUUAGAGCCAACAAGGAGGCCAUUGUGGAUGCCACAAUUGCCGAUAAGGCCAGAGAAUAUUUUCACCAACUCGAAUCCGGCAAUCAAUCGCCCGAUGUAAUACGACAAUGGCAAAAAUAUCGAGAAUAUACAAUCCAGGAAUUACAAACUGUCUAUCAACGAUUGGGUGUCACAUUUGACAUAUACGAUUGGGAAUCGAUGUAUUCUCAACAGCACAUCACCGAUGUUCUACAGGCAUUGGAUGCAAGAAAUCUUCUAUUACCCGAAAAAGAUGGUCGCAAGGUAGUUGAAGUUGAUAAGAGACGUGUACCGAUAAUAAAAAGUGAUGGUUCCACAUUGUAUUUAACCCGAGAUAUUGCUGCGUUAUUGGAUAGGUGGCAAAGAUUUAAUUUCGAACAAAUUUUCUAUAUUGUCGAAAAUGGUCAAACGGAUCAUUUUAAGGCCCUCUUUCAAACAACAUCAAGGUUGAAGGAAGAUUUGGAUAUUUCUAAGUUGAAACAUGUUAAGUUUGGUCGUAUCCACGGCAUGAGUACUCGCAAAGGUCAGGCGGUGUUUCUGAAAGAUCUUCUUGAUGAGGCCAGAGAUCGCAUGCUGGAAAAACAGGCUCAAAGUCCGACCACCAAAGUCGAUGUGGAUUCCAAUGAAGUUGCCGACAUUUUGGGUGUAUCAGCUGUCAUCAUCAACGAUUUGAAACAGAGACGUCAACGUGACUAUGAAUUCAACUGGGAUAAGGCAUUACAAAUGAAUGGUGAUACAGGAGUGAAAUUACAAUAUACCCAUUGUCGUUUAUAUAGCCUAAUGGAACAAAAUCAAAAUAUCAAUUUAGAUAAUAUUGAAAUUACAUACAAUCACCUACAAGACCCCGAAGCCUUAGAUCUUCUCAAUGAAAUUUCCAAAUAUCCACAAAUAUUGUGGCAGGCCAAGGAGCAAUUGGAGGCGUGUAUAUUAGUUAAUUAUUUGUUUGGCUUAUGUAACUCCACAAGUCGUGCCUUAAAGAAAUUACCCAUAAAAUCCGAAACAGAUGUACGAAAACAACAACACAGAUUGUUGUUAUUUAACACGGCCAAAGAUAUUUUAAAACAAGGCAUGAUGAUUUUGGGUUUGAAACCCUUAAAUCAAAUGUAA